AUGCCCCGGCCAACGCGCCAGCGAAGAGCCAAUUACGGCCCAAAUAAUGCCUUGUCCGAGCUGAGGGCGAACUUGAGCCUCAAGCGCGAGCCUGAAGCGCAGAUACACCGAGCGUAA